AUGGCCAACUUCACGCCGGUCAACGGCAGCUUCGGCAACCAGUCGGGCCAGUCGGUGCAGGCGAUGCCGGCGUCCCCCAACCGCUACGAGACGGUGGAGAUGGUGUUCAUCGCCACGGUGACGGGCUCGCUGAGCCUGGUGACCGUCGUGGGCAACAUCCUGGUCAUGCUGUCCAUCAAGGUCAACCGGCAGCUGCAGACGGUCAACAACUACUUCCUGUUCAGCCUGGCGUGCGCCGACCUCAUCAUCGGCGCCUUCUCCAUGAACCUGUACACGGUGUACAUCAUCAAGGGCUACUGGCCGCUCGGGGCCGUGGUGUGCGACCUGUGGCUGGCGCUGGACUACGUGGUCAGCAACGCCUCCGUCAUGAACCUGCUCAUCAUCAGCUUCGACCGCUACUUCUGCGUGACCAAACCGCUCACCUACCCGGCCCGGCGCACCACCAAGAUGGCGGGCCUCAUGAUCGCCGCCGCCUGGGUGCUGUCCUUCGUGCUCUGGGCGCCGGCCAUCCUCUUCUGGCAGUUCGUCGUGGGCGAGCGGACGGUGCCGGACAACCAGUGCUUCAUCCAGUUCCUGUCCAACCCGGCGGUCACCUUCGGCACGGCCAUCGCGGCCUUCUACCUGCCGGUGGUCAUCAUGACGGUGCUCUACGUGCACAUCUCGCUGGCCAGCCGCAGCCGGGUGCACAAGCACCGCGCCGAGGGGCCCAAGGAGAAGAAGGCCAAGAGCCUGUCCUUCCUCCGCAGCCCCCUGGUGAAGCCCAAGCCGGGCCGGAAGCCGGGGGACGCGGCCAAGGAGGACGUCCGCAACGGGCGGCUGGAGGAGGCGCCCCCGCCGGGGCUGCUGCCGCCGCGGCCCCCCGAGGACAAGGACACGUCCAACGACUCCAGCUCGGCCAGCGUCACCCAGAACACCCGCGAGAGGCCCCUGACCGAAGGGUCGACGGCCGAGACCGGCUGCAGCCCGUCCACCCCGCUGCCCCCGCGCCCGCGAGCCCUCAACCCGGCCUCCAAGUGGUCCAAGAUCCAGAUCGUCACCAAGCAGACGGGCAACGAGUGCGUGACGGCCAUCGAGAUCGUCCCCGCCACGCCGGCCGGCCUGCGGCCCGCCGCCAACGUGGCCCGCAAGUUCGCCAGCAUCGCCCGCAACCAGGUGAGGAAGAAGCGGCAGAUGGCGGCCCGCGAGAGGAAGGUGACGCGGACCAUCUUCGCCAUCUUGCUGGCCUUCAUCGUGACGUGGACGCCCUACAACGUCAUGGUGCUGGUCAACACGUUCUGCCAGAGCUGCGUCCCCGACACCGUGUGGUCCAUCGGCUACUGGCUGUGCUACGUCAACAGCACCAUCAACCCCGCCUGCUACGCGCUGUGCAACGCCACCUUCAAGAAGACCUUCAAGCACCUGCUGCUGUGCCAGUACAGAAACAUCGGCACCGCCAGGUAA